AUGGUUGGUGACAAUGGCACAGCAGUGACUGAGUUUAUUCUGUUGGGGUUCUCAGAUUUUCCUUCCCUCCAGGUCCCCCUCUUUUGGGGGGUGCUCUGCAUCUACAUGGUCACCUUGCUGGGCAACUCCCUGAUCAUUGUCCUCACACUGGCUGACCCUGCCCUCCACUCCCCCAUGUACUUCUUCCUUCGCCACUUCUCCCUGGUGGAGAUCCUCUAUACCACCACCGUUGUGCCCAGGAUGCUGAUCGAUCUCUGGUCCACUCACCCCACCAUCCCACUUCCCAGCUGCUUCACCCAGAUGUAUUUCUUUUCUUGCUUUGGGGUCACUGAGUGCUGCUUGCUCACUGCCAUGGCCUAUGACCGCUAUGCUGCCAUCUGCAGGCCACUGCAUUAUACCACCAUGAUGAACCAGGGAGCAUGUAAUUGCAUGGUGGGAGCCUCUUACCUCAUGGGUGUCAUCACUGGCACCACUCACUCCGUCUGCAUCUUCACCUUGCCCUUCCAUGGUGCCAACACCAUCCACCACUUCUUGUGUGACAUCCUGCCUGUGCUGAGACUGGCUACUGGGAGCACCUUCCGGGGUGAAGUGGGGGACCUUGCCAUCACAAUAGCCUUCCUGACCCCUUUCUUGCUGGUCAUGGCCUCCUAUUCCUGUAUUCUUGUCACCAUCCUUGGAGUAGCAACAUCCCAGGGUCGUCAAAAAGUCUUCUCUACCUGCUCCUCCCAUCUGUCUAUGGUCAUUCUGUUUUUUGGAACUGUGACUGUGGCUUAUCUGAGGCCUGAAGGAGCCUCUUCUCCAGACAUGGACCAGAUCAUUGCUGUCUUCUACACAGUUGUCACCCCUAUGUUCAAUCCUUUUGUCUACACUCUGAGAAACAAGGAGGUCACAGGGGCCAUGAGGAGGCUCACGAAUAGGUUCCUCUGGAGCCCUUGA